AUGGUACACCCUAUACCCCUCACACCACGGUGGAUGAUACUAUACGGUGUGAUACUGCUAUCAGGUAUAUCAAUAUGGUUCAUGAGGGAUGAUCAAGGUGGAUUCUCAUCACUGGACUCCCUAUCAUUACCCACUUCACUAUCCAACCCAUUCUCAUCAGCUCGAUGUCCCUUGUCAUGUCAACCAGAUCCAUUCUCCCAUCGUGGACUGCUCACAUACCCCUCGAUAGAGAGAUACAACGAGACGAGGUGGAUACGUCUCCCUCCAUACUCUUCGGAUCACAAGAUCAAACUGAGUCAGGUGGAUUAUACGGGGAGUAUAGAUCCUGAGAUAGAAGGAAGAUUGGCAGAGCAGUCGACAGCGAGAUUAAAUAGGGAAGAACUGAUUGAAGAUGAAACGGAGUGGGAAUGGUUGAAAGGCAGAUUGGUGGUCUUCUUAGACGACAGAAACAAUGUCGAGCAGCUAUGUGGCGAGAUUCACGGUAAAUCGAAAUCAUGGGGUGGACAUGUAGGAGGGUUUUGUCAUGUCGAGAGGAUAGAUCUGACUAUAGUCUGGUGGUUCUCGUACGGUCUAGUCGAUGAUGAAUCUCUCGACUUAUGGCGUAAACUGGAAGCUCGACCAAUUACCUUUGAAAACCGGAUCAAAGACGUUUUCUUACCUGCCAUGCGAUCUGACGGGAUUGACAAGAUACCGGAUCUGAUGGUGGUCAGUAGUCUAUUCUGGGAUGAAGGUUUCAUCAGGGAUUAUCCCCAAUUAUACCCACCCAACCCGCCACUUCCUGCAAAUCACAGAGAUCGACCAGGUUUUCUUCUAGGUCAAAUCCAAUGGCAUCAAUCCCGUCUGUCUGAUCUGUUCACCUACCUGAGGGAGAUAUAUGAUAAACCGGAUUUACCGCUGAUGUUCCGUACGAGGCAUAUUCGGUCGAAUAUGAAUUAUGGGGGUGGAUUGAAAAUCAUUCAAAUUGAUCAAGGUGCAAGAGAUGUCUGUGAGGCUAUGGGAGUGAAGAUUUUCAGAUGGGGCGAUUUGUUGGAAGGUGUUUCGGACUAUUACGACAAAGAUCAACAUUUCCCAUUAGGUCCGAAUACAUACCUGUUUGGAGAUAUGACCUUCUUCUACCUACGUAAAGCCCUCUCACCAGGAUGUUGGACUUGCAAGGAUUAA